AUGGCCGGGAAGCGGAGCCGGGUGGCCGAUGAGCCGAGCGGGGAGCCUGCGGCCAAGCGCGUCUGUGGCUUGCGGGACGCGGAGUUCAAUGGCGCCCGCUUCAAAGCGCUGCUGCGGGAUCCCACGGCCGCCGCCAAGGGGCUGGAGAACUUCGUGUCCGUCGCCCAGACGCUGCCGUCGCCCCACGUGUACGAUGUCGUGGAGGGAUACGUGAAAAUUUCCAUGGAAUGUUCUGAGAUAUUCAAGCUUCUCGAUGGAGAAAGGAAGCCUGAAAGUGAAAUGCUGUUAAUCUUUCAAGCUCUGGAAGCCAUUUUACUGAGGACAGCCAGCGACCUCUCACAUUUUUCUGUUGUGGGAAUGAACAUUGUCAAAAAGUUGAUUCAUUCCUAUGUGAAACUGAUCUAUGCUGCUUUGUAUUCUGAAAAUUGCAAGAUGAGCCGAGGGUGCCUUACACUCUUGUCAGCGAUGGUCGCUCAGGGCCCAGAUUCAGCAAGGGAUGUGUAUAGUCAUUUUGAUUUCAAUAACAAAUACCUGCCUGGAUUGUUGAAGAAAGGAUUUAAGAAGGGAAGAACAGAUGUCCGCAUGGCCUAUAUUCAGUUUGCCCUCUCCUUUCUCAUUGCUGGUGACAAUGCACUCUUGGCACAGGUGCUGGAAUUGAAAGAUUUCAUUCCAGAUAUUCUUCGCUCUGAAAUAAAGGAAGACAGAGUUUCUACUGUCAAUCUUCUACUUUCCACACUGAGAACCAAGGUGGUUCAUAACAAAAAUAUCAGCAAAACGCAGAAGGUGCGCUUUUUCACUGCAGAAGUGUUGCUUCACAUCGCUUCACUGUACCGUUGGAAUGGGAUUACUGAUGUCAGCCCUGAGGAUUUAAAGGUGGCUCAAGGUUCUGAGGAGGUGGGAAAAGCCAUGGUACGAGAACUUGUGCAUAGUUUCUUAAUGGACCUCUGCUGCUCUCUGAAGCAUGGCAUAACGUUCUAUGAUCCAAGUCUUGGAACUUCUGGAAAGGGAGGAAAUGUGGUACUUCUGCACUUCCUGCUUGGUUUAAGAACGGCAACAGAAGACGAAAUGGUUGCUGAUCUCCUGGUGAAUAUUCUCAAAGUGUGCCCGGAUUUAUUGAAUAGAUACUUCAAGGAGACCCAUUAUUCCUUUGUUCCUAGAGUGACAUCUGCUUGGUUGGACAACAUGAGAUUGCUCAAGAAGAUCUAUGAGGCUCAACCAGACAUCUCCAAUUCUUUUAAGACUUCAGAAUUUAUUCCUCUUCCCAGAUUGCUGUCUAUGGUGAUGGUAACAACAGUCCCUGCAGUGUGCAAUAAAACAAUGCUCAGCAAAGGGUUAAAUUUGCCCAGCACAGUGGUGAAGCACAGCAUCCUGUCACUCGUCUCCAUGGUGCUGAGAAGAGCCCUGAGGACCAUUGAGCACUGUUUGUCUGAAGCAACCUGGCCAAGGUCACAAAUCUACACGCUGCCAGCAGUGCAGGAGUUUGUGCAGCUGUACAGAGAAGCUGUCAGCAAGGUUUUACCGGACAUGAAUAAUCUAGUGGCUGUCUGGCAGUCCCUUCUGAAGCAAAAGAGAGAGCGCACUGAUGGCCCAGCAGAGCAGAAGGAAGGUGACGUCUCCACUGUGAAGGCAAUGACCGAGACAGAAGUUGCUGAGCAGCAUGGUUCAGAUGAUGCUGAGAUGCUGCUUCUGAAAGCUGCACUGCUUCAGGUCAUAUGUCUUUAUCAGAAGGUUGUGCCCCACUUGGUAGCACGGAGCAGCUUUGAUUUUAGCAGGCUGCUAAAAGGUAUAGUCACUGAAAAGGGCUUGCGGAAGGAGGUCCCUCCUCUUCUGCAGCACCAUAUCCUGAAAGUGGCUUUGGAACUUCCUGCCAACAAAUUCGCCUGGUUCAGAGUACAGGACAUCACUGAGACAGAGAAGAUAUCUGGCAAAAAAUCAGUCUUCUAUUUACUGAUGAAAAUGUUCGUUACAAGUACCCGUUGUCAUCUGAAAAUUUCCACCCAAAAAUUAAUCAUUAAGUGUAUUGUGCGACAAAUGUGGCCUUCAUCUUUUUUUUAUUUUUUAUUUUUUUUAUUAAAAAGAUGCCUUGUAUUCCUGGAGUGUUGCAUUCUACCUCUGUUGUUUUUCCUGUUAGUCUGGAUUCUCUGCUUUGAUUUUUUUCUUCACUUAUUAGAUGUCCUGGAUAUGGUGGAUGUCCUGAUCGAGGACAGUGAUGGCUUUGAUGAAGAAGUUGGGUUCUCUUUAAAUGAAGACAUGAUCAUCCAAACAUUUCCCUUCAGUGCUGUUGUCCCUGCUGCAUUAGAAGCUAGGAAUAUACUGUUGCUUCAUUCUGAAGAUGGAAGAGGAGCACACAUCGUGGAGUACCUUGUUGCUGUUUUCACUGAGCUCCUGCACUCUCAGAGAGAACCCCUUGCUCUCUGCUUGAUGUUCCAGCUCUAUGAUAAAGAUCUCGAGACCCUGAAAGUUGCCAAGUAUCCUCAGCUCUACCAGUUCAACCAGUACUAUAAACUCUGGAUACCCAAGCAAUCUCAGGAGCCUGUGUUUAAAGACCACAAGGAGGUAAGCGAAGAACCCGCUGUGCCACUGGAUUCUGUAUUUACCACUUUGCUAAAGAGAGCCUAUGAGAGAGGAAGCAAUACCCUACUGGAAGAUGGUGUUCAGACAAAAUUGAGAGACUUGGCUUCCUGGCUCCCACCUGACCAGCUUUUGUUGGGAGUAAAGCACGUGCUGCUGUACCUGAAAUCCACAGUGGAGAACUUCAGCAGUCUUGGUAAAACUUUGGGUCCUCAACUUGUUGACCUCUAUGUGGACGUGCUGAGCAUCUUGUUGUGCCGGGGCAAUCAAAUAAAGCUGGAGCACCAGCAGAAGCAGGACGAGCAUCAGGCCGAUGCAGAUCUCUUUAUGGAUGAGGAGGCUCUGAUGACAGAAGUGUCGUCAAAUGGCAAGACGCUGGAGGAUACACUCACCUUGAUUUUCAGACAUCCUACCCUGGAGAGCUGGUUCCUGGCAUUGGAACUGCGCUCUAUUCCCCAGCCUGGUUUGAACCCUGUCACUGCGAAGCUCCUCUCAGCUCACCUCAAUUCUGGGGUACUCCAGCUGCUGAAAACAGGUGCCCCCAUCCUGCAGAGCAUCACAACGGAUCACAGACACAUGUUGUCCAAAUAUUUCGAAGCUAUCACCAAAAGUGUCCUGGAAGAGCUGCAGACUGUGGGGAAGGGCAGAAGCCAGGUCUAUCCCAGGAAGUCUCACCAGCUGCAGGCUCUGGAGGAGCUGCACAUGUACAUGCCUGCAGCUCAGCUGAAGGAGAUCACUUUAACCAUGCUGCAGCUUCCUGAGAGGAGCUUGACUUGUCAGAAAUCUGAAAAAUCCCCUCAAACAGGGAAACAGUUAAGCUUCUAUGGACAGAUUUUGGUGCAGCUCCUUACAGACAGCUACCAAAGACAUCCCCAGCAAGGAGAGCUUCUGCUAUCCGCAGAGCACGUUAAAGCUUUGGGGAAAUUGAUGUCAGCAUCGGCCAGCAAAGAUUUGGAGCAAGUUUUCCUUCAGGCUCUCCAAAGCGAGCCAGUCCUUGCUCUCGCAGUUGGUGUCGAGGUGCAGGCUCACUGUGUUGCCCAAUGCUCACACACCUCCCUGGCCAUUGUGGCCAUGCUGAUCCAGCACUCCAGGACUCACCUGCUGCAGUUUGAGCUCUGGUGUCUGAGCAGUGCCGCUGGGAAGUACCUCAGGAAACACAUGGAGAGCUUUCUUCCACUCGUCCAUGUGUAUUUGCAGUGCAGAGACCAGCAUGGUUUCAGCCGACCUUCCACAGUUGUCGCGGCUGUCACGCCUGUCCUGAGGAAAGCCCUGUGGAAGGAGCUCUGUGCUGGGAUUCAGGACGCCGGAGCGUCGCACGAGGCCUCCGUGAAACUGCAAAUUCUUGCCAAGCUGUUGCCACCUUCGGAAAGCAAAGGGCUGCACAACCUAAUGGACCAGCUUCCAGCUGCUCUGGAGAGAGCAGGGAAUGAAGAGAGUUGGGCCGUGGCAGAUGCCAUAUCCAGAGUGCUUAAAAACUCGGAGGAGCUGCAUUCCUGGAGGAGACGUCUCUUGUCAGCCUGCAUGAAGGGGUUAGUGGCCGUGUACAGCAGCAGUAGAGAUGAAAGCAAGCAAGAAGUGGAGAGGUCCAUGCUGCUGAGGCUGGAGGAAUUAUUGCGUGUGGUUGAAGAAGUGGACCCAGAUGACUGGUGCAGCCUUGUGAAGACAGGACUCAAGUACCGUUACAGAGAUGAAAGAUUUCUGAAGGUCCUGAACGUUGCCAUCCAGUUAUUAUACAAGAAAGAAUCCUCACUUAGUCAGAGCUUAGUGAAGCUCUCCAAACUUCACAUGAUGGUCACACAGCACUCUCUAUUUUUGUCCACCAUCCUGAGGUCAAUAGAAGAAGACGGCACGAACAUCGGGACAAGAGAGGCGCUGGUGGACAUCCUGCUGACAGCUGUGCAGCUCAGCCCCUCUCUCUGUGGGAGCAGUCACCUGCCAGUGCUGCUGGGAGCCUACGGGGCCACGCUGAGCACCGUGGAUCAGAAGAUACUGCUGUUGCUUCAGUUGUACGAGAAGAAUAAUCGAAGUCUCAUAAACUCCAGGAUCCUGCUGUGGGGUCCAGCUGCUGUCGAGCAUCACAAGACUUGCAAGAGUCUGGGCAAGUCCCUGUGGCAGCAGCCAAGCAUGGAGGAGAUUCUGUGUCUGCUGGAUCGAGAGAAGAUGAUGAGGACGAUUCUGUCGUUCCCUCAGCAUCGCCGCCUGCUGCCAUCACAGGAGGUACAAGAGUCGCUAUAUAAAGAUGAAACAGUCAAGAGCCUUGAUGACUUCUAUGAUCCUUGUUUUCUACUUCAGCUCUUCAGUGAACUGACCAGACCAGAGUGUGUGGUGGCAUGUCACAAGUUUGUGGAAGUCAAUGGCCUGGGUCUCACAGUGGCUGCCCUGAGCAGCUAUGACCCCAACGUGAGAGCGGCUGCGUAUUUUGUCCUGGCUUCCUUCCGCUCCCAUCUGGAAGGGGCUCGCUUCCGAGAGAAGAGCCAGUUGCUGUACCUCUUGGAUGCUGUGCAGAAUGGAAUCAGGCAGCCAAACCUCAGGUUCACCUUCUCCCUGACCCUCUACAUCGCUCGUGUGGCACAGCAGAUGCUGAAGCCAGAGGAGCACAUGUACAUAAAGGUCAACAGAUUCCUUCUGUCGCACCAGUAUUUGGACCUGAGGAAAGUACCAGAUUUUUUCCAGCUUUUCUACAGUUUUGAUUUUGAGUACAAAACAGAGCGUGAGUGGAUCCUCAGAUUUCUGGGGGAAGGACUGCGUGACAAACAUUGCUAUGAGCUUUAUGACUACCAGAGGAUUUUCCAAAUCAUUCUUUCCUUUUUCAACAGUCCUUUGUGUGAUGGGGGCUCCCAGAGUCGUAUUCUGGAGAUACUACAAAGUGCUGCCCGUGUCACCAGAGCUGCCUAUGAGCUGAUGCAGGAUCACAGCCUCCUCACGUGGCUCCUGCACAGCUUAGAGAAAAGGUUUCUGGAAAACAAGGUGAUAAAUAAAAUGAUUUCCUUACUCCGUACCCUGUGGCUAACAAAUGUAGGAGACAAGAGAGAAGCCAAGAAUCAAUCCCAGGAGAAGAGGAAACUUCUUCCUAUUCAGCUUGUAAAUGAAUUUCUGUAUGUUUUGGUCACGUUGAUCAAACAUAUUGGGACUGAUGUAGAUGUGGCCAAGCUGGCAGAGUUCCUGAGCACCCUCAGCUCUGUGCUGGAAUACCGUGCUGUUGUCGUUGAGGCUUUUAGGGAGAUGAGGCGUUUCACGGUCAACGACAGUGUCCUCUCCGCCAGGGAGCUGCUGCUGCUGCUGCACAAGUGGAGCCUUGUCAGCAAAGACCUGCGGCUGCAGGAGGACCUGCAGGCCCUGGCCCACAAGUGCCAAAACAAGGAAUUGCUCAGAAGCGUUGAAGACAAGAGCAAACCUCAAGGCUCCUCUCCCGUGGAUCGUCAUGCUGGGAAAAAGGAGGUGGGAGAGGAUGACACUGCUGCAGACAUGGAAGUGUCUGAGCUGGAGAAAUGCAGAGAACAUCUGCAUUCCAUCGUUUCCCACUGGGACCCUGCUUUCCCAGCACCGCCCUGCACACAGGGAGGGGAGACCCUGAGAGCUGGUGAAGCUGGGGGCGAGGCAGUGGCCACUCACGUGGUCACUAAGUGGCUGGUGAGGUCCCUGGCCGGGCAGAGCCUCCUCAGGGAGCAGGAUGUGUCCCCACUGCUGAGGUGGCUGCGGAACAGCGUCCUGCCACAGCUGGCGGCUGCGCGGGAGAUGCUCAGGGAUGAGACCCUGAGGAACAACCUCUUCAAGCUGUACAGCCGGCUCUGCCAUGCCAGCAGCACCUCAACCGGGCUCUCCAGGGAGCUCGCUGUGCUCAGUUCCAUCAUGCUUCAGCUCCUGGAGGAGCAGGGCCUGUCCGGCACCUUCCACGAGCUGGUGAAAGCCCUGUGCCUGUCGGCAGCGACAGAAGACGACGCGGACAAGAGAGCUGUUUUUGUAUUCCUGACUUCGGUUUACAUCGGGGACACGUGGCUUGGAGCUCAGGAGCCGGAUCUGUUCCUUGCCCACGGCAGAUUGGUCUGCACUAGUGCAGGUGAGGAAUUACAGGAUGGCUUGGGAACUCGGAAACAAGGAGAAGCAAGUCUUAUGUGUCUUUGC